AUACAUUGUUUAAAAUAAAUGUGAACGAGAAGAAAUGAUCUUUGAUUAAAAUAUUCAAAAUUCGGUGAAAACGCAGAGUCUUAUUGUUAGAUUUUCUUAUAAUUCAUCGUCUUUUCCUUUCAUUCGAUCACGAUCGCCUAUCGAUUCCUCGAUCGAAUCCGCGAGAUAGUUUUAGAACUCAAAAAACCUUUUCUGAUAAUGCGAACUUCGAAUCCUCGACGAGGGAAACUGUGAAAUAUGCAAAUGAAAAUGAGUCGAGCUCGGAAACAAGAUCUUUGAGAUUUACUUCUCGAGGAAAUCGAGGAAUCGGUCGUUCGUGGAUUCGAGGGACCCUUUUUAUGCGCUUCUUAUCGAGCGAAACCGCGGAAAAAAUGGCUUUAGGCCACGACUUACCUACAUAUCGAAAGAUGGAAAUAAUGAAAAUCGUAUUGUAUUCGAUCUUUCGAGUCGAAUGGUACGUGCGAUCGAAAACGUCUUUGGAAUAAUAACAUAUAAUAUAUCUUACGUAAAGUAAAUAGGUACUCUAAGAGGACAUUUUCUAGAAGAUGAAUUUUUUGCGAAUUCGAACGACGUUGUUACAUUUACAUUUCUAUAGUUCGCUCGUUAUCAUGAGUCUUCAAAUAGGUAUAUCAAAUAUACCUUCUUCUUAAAAGUAAUCCACGAGUCAGAAAUGUGCCAGUCACGUUUGCAAUUUGAACUUUGCUCCUUUUCUCUGACCCGACGUAGCUGCAUUUCCUUCUAUUAUAUUAAAGUCAUCCAAACGGACGAUUAUUAUCGUAGACUUUUCUACUUUCUUUCCUCUCUCUCUCUCUCUCUCUCUCUCUCUCUCUCGCUCAUCUCUUGGUUUUUUCGUCGUCUCCAGUUAUUUCAGCACCGAAAGAAAAUACGGUAACGGAAUAUAAAAGAACCUUUGUCCGUUCCGACGCAUUACUCUUCCCCUCUCUCCCCCCGAGUAUGUAGCAAAAUGGAACACUAGAGAAUAUAGAAAGAAGCAGUAUACUUUCCAUUCUUUUCGCGAUCGCAAUGCUUGGGUUUGAAGGUUUUGAAAUUUGAAAAAGGAUUACAAAGUCGUACGUUCGAUUCAACACAUUUCUAUUGUGAAUUCGUGCGUAAAUAGCGUUCAGUUUCUCCGACAUACGUUUAACUUCGUUAUCUUGAAUUGCUUGAACUAGCUUAAAUGAAGAUUGAAAAAAUAAAAGUUUGGAGAUAGAGAAGGUUUUUAGUAGGUAGUAGUAGUACUACUAAAAACCUACUCGACCGUUUUUCGCUCACAAAAGACCAACAUCCUCGUGCAGCAGCGUCGCAUAUAAGAGGGCAAACUUUGCAUAACGACGGGAAAACGUGUAAUUAAAAAUUUUACUUGUUCGUUCAUUUUCUAGAAAAAACAAGUAGAAAUCUGAUAAAAUGCAAGACGAUGAUUACGAACAUUAUACUACAUAUAUAUAUCUAUAUUACUUAUAUCGCUCAUCUCCUUUGAAUAGUUUCGAUCGAUCUUUUUUCAAAGCUACGUACCAAAGGGAGUUGAUUAAAGGCGGUCGAAGAGAAAUAGGUAUUUAAUUAAAAUCAAUGGAGCUUUCAUCGAGAAGAAUUACGCCAUACCUACGUUCCGGUAUACCAGUAUUUCGUGAUAUAUAAAAUGAAUUUCUAAUCGUGGCUAAUAAUAUUCAUUGGUCAAAGUAAUCAUACAAAGUAAUCGCGAAAGAAGACGCUUCCCGUUAUAUACGAUAUAUUGCAUCGAUAUACUCGUAUAUCUGUUGUUAGAUUCAUAUGUAUUUAGAAGAGAGAGAGAGAGAGAGAGAGAGAGAGAGAGAGAGAGGGAGAGGGAGAGAGAGGGAGUUCAUAUAUAACGUGCAAAUUGCGAUUCGAUCUCGACUGCUUUCUGUCACUCGCGUACACCUUCGCGUGUCGUUGCUUUUCUUCGAUUAGUUUAAUGUUCGAGCGAUAAGUGGAUGAAUUUUAAAAGUAAUUCUAGGAUCGUUCAAUAUUUUUUUCCUUUCUUUUCUUUCUUUCCCUUUUCUUCUUUUUCAACGAUUAUUAAUGAUUCGUGUUAGUUACUUGUGAUAUAGUCGACAGAGUCAGUUUCAUUUUUAACUCAACUAAUUUCGACGAACAAACGCGUUCUCUUUUCCUUUCGAAAUGGAGGAAGAGCGAGUGAGCGAGCGCGCGCGCGCGCGCGCGAGAGAGAGAGAGAGAGAGAGAGAGAGAGAUAUCGAAAAAAAAUAUUUACAGAUUACUUCGAUUAAUCUUCAGAGUGAUGUAGCCAUACGUACUUGAAUACACCUUUUACACUUGCCCCUGCACUAGAUAAAGUGAAAAUAAUAUCUAUCGUUUUUUCCUUUUUGUUCCUUCUUUAAACGACAAGCAAGCUUCAUUUAUUUGACCUACUUGCGAAAGUAAAUUCGAAUAAAUUGAAAAGAAUUGCUGAUGAGCACAAACACAAGAAUAGGAAGUAAGUAGUAGAUUGACAUUAUUUGUUGGACGAACGUUUGCUGCGUGCGCCUUCCCAUGGAAACGAUUCUUUGAGGAAAAUAAAAAAAAAAAAAAAAAGAAAAAGAAAAAGAAAAAAGGAAACAAGUUGAAAUAUGAUCAUCUAUGAGAUUCGUUCUGCAUUCGUUCAUUCAUCCUCGAGCGACAACUUUUCAACUUAAGACGUAAGUCAUACGAAAUGCAGCCAAAGGAGAAGCAGCCGGAGGAGAAGCAGCCAGAGGAAAAUUGCAGCGUGGAAAUUGUGACAAAGGAGAAUAAACUACAAUGCCUGAAUGAUUAUUGACUGUAGUUGCUGCAACGGGUUACGAGAUGAUAUCCUUUUGAUUAAAAUUUCUCUUCGAUUUCCAUCCUCAGCCGAAGAGAUGAUGUAUUUUCGUGCAUCGAAUUACGAUAGAAGAAAAGAAAAAAAGAAAAAAAGAAAAAAAAAGAAACGAAAGAAAAAAAAGAAGCGAAAGAAAAAAGAAAAGAAAAAAAGAACAAACAAAACGAUACUUGCUUCUUACGCGAUACAAAGAAACACGAAAUAAUGAGAUUAACCUUUUCGUCUGGUUUCCGUAUAAUCGUAGGUAAGAAUCUGACCUCGAUUUCAAAUACUUUUUCCUUUAUUUACAGUGACGAAAGCUCCGAUGUCAUCGCGCAUCACUUUGUAAUCCGUCACGUUGAAGGAUUUAAUUUAAUUCGAACGUUAAUUAAUUUUCCUAAAAGUUGAUUUUGGCACGUUAAAUCAUUCGCCGAGUCGAGCAUAACUUUUAUUUGUUUCUUUCUUUCUUUUUUCAUGGCUCUCUCAGCAAUAUACACGAGUAUAUCGCGAAGGCCGGUUGCAUAAAUUAAACUCGCACGGUUUCGUGGAUCUUGCACCUAGAUAAGUAGUUUCCAUGCUGAAAGCAAGAGAAUGCACUUUAAUACCCCUAUCGCAAAGCACGAUAACUUUAAGAAGAAAGAUAAUGAAGGUAAUAAUGCAUCCGAUUUCAAGCGAUUAAAUCGUAUUCGCACCGAUUUUACGAACUUUCGUCUUGCCUCUUUUUUAUUUUUACACGUCGCGUAGAUUUCUUCUUUCCAAUUCGUUUCUAGGAAGUACCAGAGAAAACUGAAUGUGUCAUUUAAGUAAAUAAGCUUUCGAGGGAAGAAAGAUGCCUGGGAAUAUUUCAUCUCGGAUCGCAGCCGUGGUUCCAAAAACCUUUCGCCAUGUUACGUGGAUUUUGAAUCUAUUAUUACAUCUGAUAUUACAGCGAGGAUCCUUAAGAAAAUAGAAAGCAAGAAAGUCCAAAGGAUUGAUUGGGUCAUCCCCGAGGCAACCGAUGGGGCAAACAAAAAUAAGCGAAGCACCGAGCAUAGUUCCAGUUCGAAUACUAGUCUUGUCCGGAGAAGAGGCCUUGCCCGAUAAUAGAACUUCGCAUAGACGAAUAUCGUGUGCCCAUCAUUUCUAUAAGCCUUUAUCAAUCGUCAAAUCAAUUUGCGACGCGACUAGAGAAUCUAGAAGGGAGGGACAAGGAUCCUGGGGAAGGAUCUUAUUUGAAAUUGAAACGAAAGCGUUUAACGGUGCAAUCCUCGACCAUGAACUUUGCCUUUCUUACGUUAAUCACCUUCGUCAUUCAUGUUCUUUCGCCUAAAUACGGUCAAAGUCCGGUCGAUGCUCAAGCAAUGGCAAAUAAGGCGACGAGGAAAGGAAUCGUAACGAAUUCAAGACCGGUUAAUAUCUUCGUGAUCAACGACGAGGCCAACGAGAUAGCUAACGCGAGCAUAGAGGCGGCCCUGAAAACGCUUCGCGAUAAAUAUCAAGGUCACUUAGGUCAAGUUUAUUCGGUGCAAGCGAACGGAUCCGAUCCCCAAGAUUCUCUCCAUCGGAUAUGCGAUGCUUGGGAAAAGGCAAUCGGCAAGGGUACAGGGAACGCGCCGGAUUUCGUUCUAUCAACGGCGAUCGCCGGUUGGACCGUCGAAGCGUCGAACUCCUUUUCGAGUGCACUCGGCUUGCCAACGUUGUCCAGUCAAUUUGGACAAGAGGAGGACUUGCGUUAUUGGAGUAACUUGGACCAAGAGAAGAGGUCCUAUCUCGUGCAGGUAAUGCCGCCGGCUGAUUUGGUGCCCUGGAUCAUUCGAAAAUUGGCCAUUUACCUUAAAAUCACAAACGCCGCGAUACUGUUCGAUCGUAACUUCGACAUGAGCCACAAGUACAACAGUCUCCUGCUGAACGUGCCGACGAGACACGUGAUAAACAACAUUGCAGAAACCGUCGACGACAUGAAGGAACAACUUUCGGGUAUGCGAGAUUUGGACGUUGUCAAUUAUUUUAUUCUGGGUGAGGGAAAGACCAUUGACAUGGUUCUUAAAACCGCGGAAGCUUUAAAUUUUACCGGCCACAAGUACGGUUGGUUCGCCUUGACCAUGGAAAAAGAUAUCUGGCCAAAUUGCAAUUGCAAAAAUAUCAGUCUCCUAUUCAUGAAACCGGAAUUGAGAGAGACGGAUGAUACAUCGAGCGCCGACGAUUCUCUCGAAGCUAUUCUACCUAGUCCCUUUUUAUCGUCCGCCUUUUAUUACGAUUUGACAUUGCUCGGCGUUGAAAGCAUGAAAUCGGCGAUAGAACGCGAGGAGUGGCCGGUCCUACCUUCUCAUAUCGGUUGCGAUGAUUACAACGUCAACAACACGCCCAGCAGAAAUUUUGAUUUUCUCGAGAAGCUUCGGGCUACGUCGAAGAAUAUGACGCCAACUUAUGCACCUUUCAAAUGGGGCAAAAAGAAUGGAGAGCACGGGGUCGAUUUUCAAAUGUCCAUCAAUUUGGUCUACAUAGAGAAGGAGACGUUGACGUCCACCGAGAGUACAGGAAGUUGGUCGGCUGGAUUAGACUCACCAUUGGAGGUCAUCAACAGUGUCAUCGUAAAUAGCACAGCGGUGACGAGCUACAGGGUCGUGACGGUUAUCCAUCCGCCGUUCGUCAUGUACAAGGAGGAGACAGGCGAGUGGUAUGGGUUUUGCAUCGAUCUACUCAACGAGAUACGCCAGACCGUCGAGUUCGAAUACGACAUACGAGCGAUAGAUGAUUACGGCGAGAUGAGCGAGAAUGGCAGCUGGAACGGUAUGAUAAAAGAGCUAAUGGAGAAACGAGCGGAUAUCGCGCUCGGUACACUCUGGGUUAUGGCGGAGAGAGAGAAGGUCGUUGACUUUACCGUCCCUUAUUACGAUCUCGUUGGUUUAACGAUAAUGAUGUUGAAACCAAAAACUCAAACGUCCCUUUUCAAGUUCCUCACUGUCCUGGAAAACGAGGUUUGGUUUUGCAUACUCGCCGCUUACUUCUUCACGAGCUUCCUCAUGUGGGUCUUCGAUCGUUGGUCACCCUAUAGCUAUCAAAAUAAUCGCGAAAAGUAUAAGGACGACGACGAGAAGAGAGAGUUCAAUUUGAAGGAGUGUCUCUGGUUCUGUAUGACCUCGUUGACACCCCAGGGCGGUGGGGAGGCACCAAAAAAUCUCUCGGGACGUCUCGUCGCUGCUACCUGGUGGCUCUUUGGUUUCAUCAUAAUCGCCUCUUACACGGCGAAUCUUGCCGCGUUUCUCACGGUCUCUAGGCUCGACACGCCGAUCGAAUCUUUGGACGAUCUUAGCAAACAGUAUAAGAUACAGUAUGCGCCAGUUAAAAAUUCUGCGGCGUAUAUUUACUUCGAGAGGAUGGCUCACAUCGAGGCUCGAUUUUACGAAAUAUGGAAGGAUAUGAGCUUGAACGAUAGCUUGUCGGAAGUGGAAAGGGCAAAAUUGGCCGUCUGGGAAUAUCCCGUCAGCGAUAAGUAUACGAAAAUGUUUCAGGCUAUGAAAGAGGCUAAUUUCCCGGCUACCGCGGAAGAGGCAAUUAGACGGGUUCUACGUAUUGAUUCGAAUAAUGAAUUCGCCUACAUCGAAGAUGCAUCGACGAUCAAGUAUCUCGCUAUGACGAAUUGCGAUGUUAUGCAAGUAGGAGAAGAAUUCUCGAGGAAGCCUUACGCUAUUGCCGUGCAACAAGGCUCACCGUUGAAGGAACAAUUUAACAAUGCGAUUUUAAUAUUGUUGAAUAAGAGAAAAUUGGAGAAACUAAAGGACAAAUGGUGGAAACGUAAUCCCGAAAGGAAGGACUGCGGGAAGGAGGACGAGCAGAGCGAUGGUAUUAGCAUUCACAAUAUCGGUGGUGUCUUCGUAGUGAUUUUCGUGGGCAUCGCUUUCGCUUGUUUAACAUUAGCUUUCGAAUAUUGGUGGUAUCGUUAUCGGCCAAAAGCCAUUAAAGCCUCGAGUCGGCAAGCCGCCUCGACUCCGAACGGCAAAACUGGGAAAGCCGUAAGACCAAUAAGAUUCAAUUUACAACCGGCACCCACUCAAGGCUUUCAAGCUGCUCGAUUUAAAUCGAGGUUUUGAAUGUUCCCUGCUUUAUACACAUCCAUACGUACUUUAUACGCAUCAUACAUAUCGAUAUGAGUUUUUGCGUUAUAUGAUUUAUGUGCGCGCAUGGCCGCUCUCAAUAUCUUAUCAUAUCGUCGAUAUAUACAUAUUUGUCUAACGAAUAUUGUGUCUCAUACGUUCGGUAUGACUCUAAACGAUUUUCUAAUUAAAAUAGAAUAUUGCCUUUC